AUGGGCUAUUCUAAAGGAAAUGCAGCAAAGGGAGCCACUCUCUUUAAGCAAAGAUGCUCAACAUGUCACAACCUCGAAAAGACUGGUGAAAAAAAAAUCGGUCCAACUCUCCAUGGCCUCUUCGGACGUAAGACAGGAUCUGUUGAAGGUUACGAUUAUACCGAUGCGAAUAAAGGAAAAGGGAUAGUAUGGAAUCACGAUACACUAUUUCUGUAUCUUGAAAACCCAAAAAAAUACAUUCCAGGCACAAAAAUGGCUUAUGGCGGACUAAAGAAAGAAGCUGAUCGGAACAAUCUUAUCACAUACCUAGAAGAAAAUACGAAAUGA